AUGGGUUGCGGUGCAUCUUCCUCUGCUUCUGCCCCUAAUGCUGAUGAGGCUGUCAAGGCUGCCCCUGUGGAGGACUCCAAGACUGCGGGCCAGUCGGCUGAGUGUUGCGAAGGUAAACCAGCUGGAGAGGAAUGUAAGGGUGAUUGCAAAGAAGCUCAUAAUGAACCGGAAAAGAAUGAAACUGGAGGUCUUGAAGAUAAGAAGCCAGAAGAGAGUCCCGAUGAGAAGGAAGAAGCCUCUAAGGAUGCCGGGGAGGAGCCUGCGGCGGCUGCUGCUGUAAGAUUCGUUCGGGCUCGUGAUUCGGAGGCUGCUGCAGCUGAAGAAGGUGUGAAGGAGGAAGCUCCCGCCGCUGAGGAGAAGGUGAGGCAUCGUUGA